AAAAAAUUUUAAAAUAAGAUAAUUAUUAUAAAAGUUAAAAAGAUACAAAAAAUUAUAAUUAAAUAUUAUUCAAGAAAAAACAUUUAUAUAAAGAUAUUUUCUAAAUAAUUUCUAACAUAUGAGUGUUUUAAAAAAUUUAACACUGGAUGUUUAGAACACGGGAUUAUGCUUAUGAGAGAGUGGUUCGGGAAUGGGCUUCGAGAUGGGUCGAAUGGGCUCUGAAAAUAGCUUUUUUUUUAACUCAAGCCCAGUCCGGAUGACAUGGCAUCUUGGUUGAUUCACAAUAUUUUGCCCAUGUGGCAGGGCUUAGAAAGGAGGGAUUUAGUCCCUUUUAUAUAGUAGGAUUCUUAUAUAUAUUUUGUUGCUAUCUGAAAAAAAUAUUUUUAUUGUAAAAGUUAAAAAGAUACAAAAAUUAUAAUUAAAUAUUAUUCAAGAAAAAAACAUUUAUAUAAAGAUAUUUUCUAAACAAUUUCUAACAUAUGAGUGUUUUAAAAAAUUUAACACUGGAUAUUUAGAACACGGGAUUAUGCUUAUGAGAGAGUGGUUCGGGAAUGAGCUUUGAGAUGGGUCGAAUGGGCUCUGAAAAUAGCUUUUUUUUUAACUCAAGCCCAGUCCGGAUGACAUGGCAUCUUGGUUGGUUCACAAUAUUUUGCCCAUGUGGCAGGGCUUAGAAAUGAGGGAUUUAGUCCCUUUUAUAUAGUAGGAUUCAGACUGCUACCAACUCUGUUCUAUAAAUAUUCAGCACUUCAUGACCAUUCAACACUCUACCAACCUUCUAAUAUCUCAAUCACUCUCUUAAUCAUUCACAAAUCACUUUUGAAGUUUUCACACCAUCAUUCAUUUCUUUCGAAAGUCGAAACUCCUAUCUUAAUUUGAAGUCUUUGGAGGAUUUUUGGUUAAUUGUUUCUGUCAUAAAAUAGUCUCUUCCCUUUUUUUGUUCAGACAAUGUUCUUGUCACACAUAGAAUGCAAUCGACUUGAUUUGCAAUUUUUUCUUAACAACAAAACGUGCGUCGAGAAAAGUUUUUAUUUCUGGAUUUUCCAAAUACCAACCGUUGUAACUUCGUUAUCGUGUCUUAAAACAUAAUCUGAAUUCUAAAUACUCUUCUUGUGGGUCAAGAUUUCGCAGUUUCUUGUGUAUCAAGUCACUUAAUGUCAGAGAUAUUGCAAAUGGGAAGUUCAUGUUUACCCCCAGGCUUCCGGUUUCAUCCUACAGAUGAAGAACUCAUCGACUAUUACCUAAAAAGAAAAGUCGAAGGUCUUGAGAUCGAGCUUGAAGUCAUUCCCGUUAUUGAUCUUUAUAAAUUUGAUCCUUGGGAGUUACCAGGUAUUAAUUGCCUUCAAUUCAACAUUAUUCUCAACCUUUUUAUUACUUUUCGAAUUUUUAAACAAAAAAAUGAUAGUAUUUUGUAACAUUUAGACAAGUCUUUUCUUCCGAAUCGGGACAUGGAAUGGUUCUUCUUCUGUUCAAGGGACAAAAAAUAUCCUAAUGGUUUUCGUACAAACCGAGGAACAAAGGCCGGUUAUUGGAAAGCAACCGGAAAAGACCGGAAAAUUACUAGUCGUUCAUCUUCUACAGUCGGCUAUAGAAAAACCCUAGUUUUCUACAAAGGUCGUGCCCUGUUAGGCGAUAGAACCACUUGGCUCAUGCAUGAAUAUCGACUAUGCGAUGAUGAGAGUUCAUCACAAGGUUCACAAACUUACAAGGGAGCUUAUGUGUUAUGCCGUGUGUCUAAGAAGAAUGAGAUCAAGACUAAUUCGAAAAUCCGAAGAAACCUAAGUGAACAAACACUUGGAUCAGGAGAAAGUUCUGGAUAUUCUAGUCGAGUGACUUCACCUAGUCGGGAUGGAACGAUGCCGUUUCACUCAUUUGUCAAUCCGGUUUCUACUGAAAUAGACUCUUCCAACAUUUGGAUUUCACCUGAUUUCAUUCUUGAUUCUUCAAAAGACUAUCCUCAAAUUCAAAAUUUUGCAUCUGAGUACUUUCAAGACUUUGAUUUUCCGGUUAUCGGUCAAGAAGUAAAUUUUCCAGCGAGUAUAUUGCAUACCGAUGUAGAUCAGAACAUGGAUGAAUCUAUGCAAACCGGUUAUUGGACAAAUUGUGGAUACGAUCAAACCGGUUUAUUCGGUUACUCAGAGCUCUCCUAAUCGGAGUCUCGUUUGAAGUCUCUUCUAAGACUAAACGGCUUUUAUGGUUCGAGUCAUCCCACUUGUAGCAUUGGUCUAUAGGAUUUGUUUUAUUAAUGUAUCCGGCGCUACUAGUGGUAUAACUGAUAGUUGCACCAAAAUAAAUAUAGUUCAACUCAAAACAUAAAUAAGGUUGAUGAUCCAAAAGAUAUAAAUUUAAAUGCAUGUGUUUGUUUUGUGAUUUUCUUGUUCGAAGGAAGAUAGUAAAUCCGUUCAUCCUCUUAAAAUAGCAACAACCCUCGCAUGCUUUGAAUGUCGAUGUGGCAAUUUGUUAGGAGCUUCGUUGUAGACGUAUUGGUUACAUACGCUGUCUUCAAAAUGAUUCUAAUCCAGUAAUUGAAUUAUUAAUCAUGGUCCAACAUUGAUUGGACCGGAAUUGACUAUUUUUUCAGGAUAAGUUAUCCAACUAUUAUUUUCCCUCUAAAUUGCUUAUGCACAAUAUUAAAAUACCAUAAGAAAUAUGUGUUGUUGUCAUAGUUUUCAUCUGUAGAUUGGCGAAGAUGGUUGAGUUCUUUGCGGUGGUUGAGUAUAAUUUAAAAUAUUAAUUUUUGAAUUAAAUUAAUUUUUAUUUAUACAUAUUUAAAAGAUAAAAUUAAAAACUAAAUUUUAUGAUAACUUAAAAGAAGAACGAAUUGAAAUAAUGAUAAUGUUUUUUUUGCUUUACUCGAUAAAUAUAUAUACACAUUUUUAUAUUAUAUCUUAUAAGUUUUAAUCUUUUUUGAAAGAAAUAUAGUGAUGAUAAUUUUGUUACUAUAAUACAUUUGUAGUUACUAUACUGAUAAACUUAAUCACUAUUAAGAGUAAUAAUAAUUUUAACCAGUUUAACUUUUAAUGUGAGAUCCAUGAGAAGAAAAAAAUUUCAUAAAUAUAUUUUUGUAAUAACUAAAAAAAACAUUAAAAGAUAAAAUUUAGAUAAUGAUAAUAUUUACUACGUAUAUUCGAUAAAUAUAUACACAUAUUUAUCUUAUUAUUUAACAAAUGUUACUUCAUUUAUUAGAUAAAUAUAUACACAGACUUAUUUUAUCAUUUAAUAUUUUUUAACCUUGUAGGAAAGAAAAUAAGUAAAAAUAAUUUUAUCAGUAUAAUAUAAUUGUGGUUAAUUUUAUUAUGUUAAACCUAAUUAUUAUAAUAGAUUUAUGUAUAUAUAUUAUAAUCAUAAGAAUAUAAUUCAUGAUCAAAACCCAAAAUUUGUUGGUUUUUUAACAUCCAAAUAUAUAGAUGGAAUGUGAGGCAAAGGGAAGAUGAAUACAUACUUAAAUAAAUUGUGACUAUAAUCUAAAUGGUCUUCUAUCUUUCAUAUUUGGUUUCGUGUAAAACUAAUUUGUUUAUCACAAUUGAUUCAAACGUUGUGUUCGCCUUCAAAAUCACUGAUUUGCCAUUUUUAACUGACAAUGGAUUUCUUAUUUACGGUUUUAAAGAAUCUAAAGAGGGUCUUAAAAUAUAUAUGAGUUCAUGUUGCUUAGUUUGAUGACCGAUGCCCUUUUUAGACCAACCCUUAGCAUCAACAGUAUUUUUGGCAGCUUGAUGUUAGGAGUUUUCAAGGCUCCUAAGACAAAUGUU